UGUCAGCUGUCAUCUUUGUCGAAUUGUGGAAUUUGAAAAGCCUAAGCCACAGACCGCAGAGAAAAAGUAUUGAAAAGAAAAACAUCGAUUUGGUUUGGUUAUCUUUUUCCACCCUUUUCCAAUUAAACUUGCCGCACAUAAUUAAGAAAGGCCGGUACAAUGGCAAUGACGAAAACGAAUAUGCUGGUGCGCUCCCUGAGCACAUCAUCGGCUGCGGCCCAGCUUGUUAAGCCUCCUGUACAAGUAUUUGGUUUGGAGGGUAGAUAUGCUUCAGCUCUAUAUUCAGCAGGUACAAAGAGCAAAAGCUUGGAUGCAGUUGAGAAGGAACUGACUCAGUUCCAACAGUCUAUUAAAACCGAUGCAAAGCUGAAGGAGUUUAUCAUUAACCCUACUCUCAAGAGAAACCUUAAAGUAGAUGCCUUGAAACAUCUUGCUUCUAAAACAAGUCUUUCUCCUACUACAGCCAAUCUAUUGGGAAUAAUGGCUGAAAAUGGCCGUCUUGAUAAAUUAGAGGCAGUGAUCAAUGCUUUCAAAAUUAUGAUGGCCGCUCACCGUGGAGAGGUCACCUGUGAGGUCAUCACUGCCAAACCAUUGGACCAGACCCAGAAGCAGAAUCUGGAAGCUGCACUCAAGAAAUUCCUGAAAGGCAAUGAAACCCUGCAACUCACUGCUAAGGUGGACCCAUCGUUGAUUGGAGGCAUGGUUGUUUCAAUUGGUGACAAAUAUGUGGACAUGAGUGUUGCCAGCAAAGUAAAGAAGUACACUGAACUCAUUAGUGCUGCGGUUUGAGAAUCUAAAUAAUCCAGUACAAUGAUGUACUGUACAAUGUAGCAAAGAAUUAUUUAUCUGUAUGUUAGUCAUGUUCCAUUUGGUUAAGUAAAGAUCACAAACAACAUGACAAGUAAA